AAUCAAUGGAAUCCUAGCAAGCAUUAGGUCAUGGCAUUGAAUAUGUCAUUUCCGGAACUAAUACCAUGAAAAAUAGGACCAGAAUAUAAUUGUUGUAAACAAAUUAAAGUAAAUGGAAUAGGGACCUUUGAUAUUUUCUUUAUAAAGUCAAAGACAGAAAUAUAGAGAGAAGCAAUCAGAAUUGAUGAGUUCAAGUUCUCUUGAAGCUUCUACUCCAAUGUAUGAAAGAAGUGGCCGAUUUAUAGUUUAAAGUAAUGCCCUUCAGCAACUUGCCUCUAUUAGUCUAUAUUUAUCAAAUAUGGGAGGAGGAAGGCAUUGAAGCUAUUGAGACAUGGAAUGUUGGUGAACAACAAGAGCUUGAAGGGGAUGAAGGUAUGGAUGAAGGAGAGAUUCAAGUUCAACCUGUUUAUUAAUUCAAUCUAAGUCUAAGCUCUCAAUUGCCUUAGACAUCAAUUCAACUUGUGCAAAAGUUGCCUUCUUUAUCAUUUCAAAAAGCAUGAACUCUCCGACCCCCCAAUUUGUACCUUCAAGGUUGGGUAUCUAUGAGCCUAUCCACCAAAUUGGCAUAUGGGGAGAAAAUUUUAAGAGUAAUGGCAAUCCAAAUACAUCUACAUCUGUGAUUGUCGAAGUGGAUAAUAAGCUAGAGAAUGAGUCCGAGACUACUUCACAUGAAAUGCUAACAGCUUCUAACACUUAUGAGCAAGAGGCAAGUAAACCUAUUGAUAAGAUACAAAGACGUCUAGCACAAAACCGUGAGGCUGCUCGUAAAAGUAGGUUGCGGAAAAAGGCAUAUGUUCAACAGUUAGAAAAUAGUCGUCUAAAGUUGAUUCAAUUGGAGCAAGAGCUUCAACGAGCGAGGCAACAGGGUCUUUAUAUGGGCGGUGUGUUAGAAGGAAGUCAUAUUGGAUUCUCUGGAACAGUAAACUCAGGGAUUGCUGCAUUUGAGAUGGAGUACGGACGUUGGGUGGAUGUACAACACAGACAAAUAUGUGAACUGAGGACUACCUUGAAUGCCCAUAUAAGUGAUAUAGAGCUUCGCAUACUUGUGGAAAGUGGUAUUGGCCACUAUUUUGAACUUUUUCGCAUGAAAUCAACAGUCGCAAAGGCUGAUGUUUUCUAUGUGAUAUCUGGUGUGUGGAAAACAUCAGCAGAGCGAUUUUUCUCAUGGAUUGGAGGGUUUCGCCCUUCAGAACUUCUUAAGGUGUUGGUGCCUCAGCUUGACCCCUUGACAGAACAACAAAUUUUGGAAGUUUGUAACCUGAAACAAUCUUGUCAGCAAGCUGAAGACGCCCUUUCGCAAGGUAUGGAGAAACUCCAGGAAACUGUGUCUUCCACCGUGGCAGGUGGUCCAGUGGACGAAGUUAGUUACAUUCCUCAAGUGGCUACUGCAAUGGAGAAGUUAGAAGCUUUAGUCAGCUUUGUGAACCAGGCUGAUCACCUUCGGCAGGAAACGCUACAGCAGAUGUCUCGCAUCCUGACAACUCGUCAGGCAGCUCGAGGCUUACUUGCUUUAGGAGAAUACUUCCACCGUCUUCGAGCUUUGAGUACACUAUGGGCUACCCGUCCUCCUGAACCUUCCUUGCCUUAGUGUAUAAGAUCCUACAUGCAUGGUGGUCAAUUUUAAACAUAAGUAGCCUUAAUUUAUGCUGCCAACAUUUUUUCAAGCAGCUAAUUUUUAAGAAAACUAAGAUAUCUGAGAUGAUGUGCAUAUGAGUAGUUAUGAUUAAAUCCUAAAGGAGGAUUGUGACUAAAUCAAUUUUCAAUGCACUAUUGUACAUUGUAUAAUAUUCUUAAAAUAAUAUACAUAUAUAGGUUCUACAUUUGAGUUAACAUACUCAGCUGAAACUUUCAUCGCGUAACAUAGUUUUCGUGUUGUUUUUGUAUUAUGGAAAUUGCCAAUGCAUAAUUGUGAAAAGUUGCUCAUGUAUUGGAAAGUUCAGGAGUAUGUUAUAUAAAA